ACACAAAUCCCGUCAAACAUCAGAUCCAUAAAGCUGCCACUCCCACAUACUUGCACUCAUUUUAGAGUUAAACUGCAAAUGGCAAGCAUGGCCGCAUUGGGUGCUUUCAGGUCGCCUGCUACAUCGUCGUCCAAUGCUUCUUUCGUUUCUCGGAGCCGUCUAUCCACUGCUCCUCGGACCUUGUCCUUUUCGGCUUCUUCUUUGUCCGGCGACCAUGUUGUUUCUAGAACCAUUACCGGUUCCCGCCAAAAGGAACGUACUCCAUUGAUCGUUUCGCCGAAGGCCGUUUCGGAUUCCAAGAACUCGCAGACAUGUCUUGAACCCGACGUUAGUCGAAGUGUUUUGGGGAUUAUAUUGGGAGGUGGAGCAGGGACAAGGCUUUACCCGCUAACAAAGAAGAGAGCAAAGCCGGCUGUUCCAUUAGGAGGAAAUUAUAGGCUAAUUGAUAUUCCCGUUAGCAAUUGCUUGAACAGUAAUGUGUCCAAAAUCUACGUUCUGACUCAAUUCAAUUCCGCUUCUCUCAAUCGCCAUAUUUCCCGCGCAUAUGCUAGUAACAUGGGUGGUUACAAGAACGAAGGGUUCGUUGAAGUUCUUGCUGCUCAGCAAAGUCCCGAGAACCCAAAUUGGUUCCAGGGGACUGCGGAUGCUGUGAGGCAGUACUUGUGGUUGUUUGAGGAACAUAAUGUUCUGGAGUUCUUGGUUCUUGCUGGGGACCAUUUAUAUAGAAUGAAUUAUGAAAGUUUUAUUCAGGCCCAUAGGGAGACUGCUGCUGACAUUACGGUGGCUGCAUUGCCUAUGGAUGAAAAACGGGCUGCUUCCUUUGGUCUGAUGAAGAUUGAUGACGAAGGCCGUAUAAUUGAAUUUGCUGAGAAACCCAAAGGGGACCAACUCAAAGCUUUGCAGGUUGACACCACAAUUUUAGGUCUUGAUGAUGAGAGAGCAAAAGAAAUGCCUUACAUUGCUAGUAUGGGCAUAUAUGUUGUCAGUAAAAACGCGAUGUUGGACCUUCUUUCGAAGAAGUUUCCUGGUGCCAAUGAUUUUGGAAGUGAAGUCAUUCCAGGUGCUACUUCCAUUGGGAUGAGGGUGCAAGCUUACUUGUAUGAUGGCUACUGGGAAGACAUUGGUACAAUAGAGGCAUUUUACAAUGCAAAUCUGGGAAUUACCAAAAAGCCAGUGCCGGAUUUUAGCUUCUAUGACCGUUCAUCUCCAAUCUACACCCAGCCUCGCUAUUUGCCUCCAUCCAAAAUGCUUAAUGCUGAUGUUACAGAUAGUGUUGUUGGCGAGGGUUGUGUUAUUAAGAACUGUAGAAUUCACCAUUCUGUUGUUGGUCUCCGAUCUUGCAUUUCUGAGGGUGCAAUCAUAGAAGAUACCUUACUAAUGGGAGCAGAUUAUUAUGAGACUGAGGCUGACAGAAAAUUUCUAGCUGCAAAGGGCAGUGUUCCAAUUGGUAUCGGAAAGAAUUCGCACAUCAAGAGAGCCAUCAUUGACAAGAAUGCUCGGAUAGGCGAUGAUGUGAAGAUCAUUAACAACGACAAUGUGCAAGAAGCUGCUAAGGAAACGGAUGGAUAUUUCAUUAAGAGUGGGAUUGUGACGAUAGUGAAGGAUGCCUUGAUUCCCAGUGGAACUGUAAUUUGAACUAGUAGAGGUACUGUUCCCUUAGUUAUUCCUGAGAAAGUAUUGCAAUAGCAAUUUUUUCCUACAGUUUAAAGACUUUGCUCCACCUGAGAAACAAUGCUGUAAAGGUCAUUUUCAGUUUGAAUAAUACUUUUUUGUCCAUAA